AAACUUUAUACAAACACGGCAACAGCACCACGAGACACCAACCAUUAAUUAUAUCAUACUUUCUACAAGGGGUUGAAUUGAGUUCUUGAUGAAAAUGGAAGGGGAAACAGUGGAUAACAAGCAGGUAAUAUUCAAGGGGUUUAUAGAUAGAAUACCGAGAGAGACAGAUAUGGAACUAAAGAUUGGAAAAAUAGAGCUCAAAGCACCAAAAGGGUCCGGAGCUUUUUUAGUCAAGAAUCUCUAUUUGUCUUGUGACCCUUACAUGAGAGGUCGCAUGCGUGAGUAUUAUGAUUCAUACAUCCCUCCUUUUGUCCCUGGCCAGGCGAUACAAGGAUUUGGUGUAUCAAAGGUUGUGGAUUCUGAUGAUCCAGAUUUCAAGCCUGGAGACUUGGUUUCAGGGCUGACUGGUUGGGAAGAAUUCAGCUUGAUGCGGAAACAUGAGCAAUUGAGAAGAAUCCAGCAAGAUGAUAUCCCCCUCUCAUAUCACGUGGGGCUUCUUGGUAUGGCAGGUUUUACUGCUUAUGCAGGAUUCUAUGAGGUCUGCUCCCCUGAAAUAGGGGAGAAUGUCUUUGUCUCUGCCGCUUCUGGUGCAGUUGGCCAGCUUGUUGGCCAGCUUGCCAAGUUACAUGGCUGCUAUGUAGUUGGAAGUGCUGGCACAAGCCAAAAGGUUGACAUUUUAAAGAACAAGCUUGGAUUCGAUCAGGCUUUCAACUACAAAGAGGAACCCGACCUGAAUGCAGCUUUGAAAAGGUACUUCCCUGAAGGCAUUGAUAUCUACUUUGAUAAUGUUGGUGGAGAUAUGCUUGAAGCAGCAUUGCUCAACAUGAGGAUUCAUGGCCGAAUUGCAGUGUGUGGAAUGGUGUCUUCCAACAGCCUCUCUGUUUCCAAAGGGAUUCAAAACUUGUUCAGUCUCAUAGCCAAACGCAUUAGGAUGCAAGGAUUCCUGCAAAGUGAUUACUUGCAUUUAUAUCCACGCUUCUUUGAAAAUGUUGUCAGUAACUACAAACAAGGGAAGAUUGUUUACAUUGAAGACAUGAGUGAAGGAUUGGAGAGUGCUCCAGCUGCUUUAGUUGGAUUGUUUUAUGGAAAAAAUGUUGGUAAGCGGGUCAUCCGUGUAGCCCGUGAAUGAUUUUUGGUUAGCAUGGUGUACCAUUUAUGAACUUUUCAGGUGGAAGUACUGGAGCUGUCGUAGAGCUUUAGUAAAAUCUGACUUGAAAUCAUCUGCGUGAUUAUCAGAAAUCAUUAAAUUCAAGAUAUUCGUGGAUGAUCUCUUCAAUUAUGGGAACCCUUUCAGCUGAACAAUACUGUCAAUUCAUGAGAAUUUUCUCAACCCUUUCAAGUCA